CGGCGGCCGGACUUGCCCGGGAAGGACAAACGAAAGCCCGCCGGGCCGGACCGGGCCGGGCCGGGCUGGGCUGCUGGGCUGGGGAGCGCUCAGCUCGGUACCUCGGUGCCUGGUAGCGACCGAGGAGCCCAGCCGCCCACUCUGCGUCGCCGGAGUCUGCAACCGCCGGGCGGCCCCUCUGGGAUGUCCGAGGGACCCAGGCAUCCAGGACGGUAACGGAGCGAAUCCGAGGAUGGGACGGCGCCCGCAGCUCCGGCUCGUCAAGGCCCUUCUCCUCCUGGGGCUGAACCCUGUCUCCACCUCCCUCCAGGACCAGAACUGCGAGAGCCUGUCCCUGGCCAACAACAUCUCUGGGCUGCAGUGCAACGCCUCCGUGGACCUCAUUGGUACUUGCUGGCCCCAGAGCCCUGCAGGGCAGUUGGUGGUGCGGCCCUGCCCUGCCUUUUUCUACGGUGUCCGCUACAACACCACAAACAGUGGCUACCGGGAGUGCCUGGCCAAUGGCAGCUGGGCGGCACGUGUGAAUUACUCUGAGUGCCAGGAGAUCCUCAGUGAGGAGAAGAAGAGCAAAGUGCACUACCACGUCGCCGUCAUCAUCAACUACCUGGGCCACUGCAUCUCCCUGGUGGCCCUCCUGGUGGCCUUUUUCCUCUUUUUGCGACUCAGGAGUAUCCGGUGCCUGAGAAACAUCAUCCACUGGAAUCUCAUCUCGGCCUUCAUCCUGCGCAACGCCACGUGGUUCGUGGUCCAGCUCACCAUGAGCCCCGAGGUCCACCAGAGCAAUGUGGGCUGGUGCAGGUUGGUGACAGCUGCGUACAACUAUUUCCACGUGACCAACUUCUUCUGGAUGUUUGGCGAGGGCUGCUACCUGCACACGGCCAUUGUGCUCACCUACUCCACCGACCGGCUGCGCAAGUGGAUGUUCAUCUGCAUUGGCUGGGGUGUGCCUUUCCCCAUCAUUGUGGCCUGGGCCAUUGGAAAGCUCUACUACGACAAUGAGAAGUGCUGGUUUGGCAAAAAGCCUGGGGUGUACACCGACUACAUCUACCAGGGCCCCAUGAUCUUGGUCCUGUUGAUCAACUUCAUCUUCCUUUUCAACAUCGUCCGCAUCCUCAUGACCAAACUCCGGGCAUCCACCACAUCUGAGACCAUUCAGUACAGGAAGGCUGUGAAGGCUACUCUGGUGCUGCUGCCCCUCCUGGGGAUCACCUACAUGCUCUUCUUUGUCAACCCCGGGGAGGACGAGGUCUCUCGGGUCGUCUUCAUCUACUUCAACUCCUUCCUGGAAUCCUUCCAGGGCUUCUUCGUGUCUGUGUUCUACUGUUUCCUCAACAGCGAGGUCCGCUCUGCCAUCCGGAAGAGGUGGCACCGGUGGCAGGACAAGCACUCCAUCCGUGCCCGUGUGGCCCGCGCCAUGUCCAUCCCUACCUCCCCGACCCGCGUCAGCUUCCACAGCAUCAAGCAGUCCACGGCUGUCUGA